AUAAUCCUGCCAUCCAUACCUUAUAACAUGUUUUUAAUGAAAAAAAAACCUGAGUUUUAAAAAAUAUGUGUUAUAUUGCUGGGGUUUUCUACAGGGCAAAAUGCUAUUUUUUAAAAUAAUCUCUAGUCAUGAAAAGUGCUUGGGUUUGUGUGAAUUGGCAGACAGAGCAGAGGCAGUAGGAACCUGGAAGGGAGCUGAAGGAGGGAGCAGGGGAGGCUCCUCUGUUGCCCUGUGCUGAUGGAGGCUCCGGGUGCCCAGGGGCCUCAGGACCAUCCCAAACUUGGCGCUCCUGGAGCAAGGGCUGCACUAGCCCCCCCCAGUCCUUGACAGUGGAUUUGGCAGUUGUGGCUGGGGUAACUGGUGCUGACAAGCUUAUUGAAUCAAACAUUCAUUGCCCUGUCAGGUUGGUUUGGCGUUGCUGGUGCCUGCAGUGGCGCUGGGGCGAGGGACGCUCGGCCGAGCCCAGGGACACCGCGGGCAGGGGCUUGUGCUGCUCCGUGGAGUCCAUGGGGAUGAAGUGUUGGCUGAUGUGUGUUAGAGCAGAUUGCAGAAGGUGCUGCACAUCCCUAAAUGUUUAUCUUAGAGCUUCCAUUGCCCUUUCCAGUGGGUGAGUGAAAGCAACAAAGGAAAGGCAGAGUGCGUAGCAGAUUUCACAUGCUUUACUUUGUGCUUAGCAGUGUAUGGGCAGAGCUGCUCUGCUCCGAUCUCCUUUAUGGACUCCAGAGCUGCUGGUUGGGUGGGAAGGGGGAGGAGGGAGGAUGCGGCAGGGGAUGAUGGGAUCUCUUUGUUUGAUUUGAUUUGAUUUUUGCUUCUUUCAUUGAACUGUGGUUGUGGUAUCAUCCGAUUUAUAGGGCUAGAAUCCCUCACUGAGUGUUGCAUCUAUCUCAGGAAUCUUGGAGGUUUGGAUGGGGGGCAGAUACCCCCCACCCCAAGGCUGAGGAAAAGAUUCCAGAGAGUGGCAGAGAAGAUGUGUUUAAAUACAUAAGCAGUACAGACACUGGAAAACCUCUUGGCAAGGUCAGUUACUUUAGAGAUCAGGAAGUUUAAGUCCAUGUGUAUGUUUUCUUGAUGAUGGGUGUUUAGGAAAUGCUCUCAAAGAUGCGUCAAUCAAUUUCUCAUGUCUGUGUAAAUAUCCCUGUGCAGUUUUCAGGGAAAAGUUGUGAAAAUGACUAUAAAUAAAAAAGUGAAUUUGAUCACUUUGUUUGGUUUCACAAAAUGUGAAAACUAAAGUCUCCUUUUCUUCCCUGUGAUGUACAAUCCUGCUGUGUCCCCGGUGUUGGCAGUGGUGUUAUGGAUGGCUGUGAGCAGCCUCUGGAGAACAGCCCCUGGCUCAGGAAUGCCUUGGCCUGGGCUGCCCAGCCUGUCAGUGAAUCCAACUGGCCUCGUUGUCCAUGGUCAUCUUGCAGGACUUGCUGUUUCUUUACCAGGCUGUGAUGGAAACAAAGCCAAUCCCCUCUUGGUCCAUGGCUCUGGCUGCCUUUUCAGCCUCUGCACACUGUUCCAGCCCCUUUACAUGCUCCAUGUGCCUGUUGUCUUGAGAUGGAAAGAUGGGCUGUAGUGCCUUAAAAACUGUGUUCACUCCUCUUUGGGAAUUAUUUUGCCUGCAGAGGGACCAGUCCGGAUUAUUCUUGCUUUGCCUUUUGCCCAGCCUUCCAAAUGUGAUACUGGCAGAGCCAGGGAGCUCAGCAGCAUUCACCCACCCAAGGCACCUCCACUGCCUGGACCCUCCACUGCUGGCAGGGCUGCUGCAUCCCCUUCUCUCUCUUGGGGAGUAUUUCAGGGUGUGCUGGCACAUGUGGUGUCCAUCCUGCCAGGUCUCAUUGCUUGCUGGGUUGCCCUGGUGUGCCCUGAGCCAGAUCUGCUGCCAGAGUGGGGUUUAAAUCCCCCAUCCUCGGCUGGCAGAGACGAGCUCACGGGAGCAGGGCUGGUGUGGGGAGGAACGUGCAGGCUGCCCAUGUGCUCUGCCCCGGAUUUAUGCUGUAGGUCAGUCCCUCAGACUGCAGAGGCCAUAAAUCAGUGCAGAAAUUGUCCCAGGGUCGGGAGCCAUAUGGUGUGCAGGAGCAGGAGAGGAAGAGGGAUGCCCACACCGAAGGAGAAUAAAGGCCUGUGUUCGGGGCCAGAAUAUUUCAAAGCCUGAGAAAGGGGCAAAGUUCAGUUUCUAAUUGAGUGCUUUGAAAUAUAUAGAUGUAUAUGGUCAAUGUUUGCCUUCCAGAACAAAGCUGGCUCUGUUUGUCCAGUGUUUGUGUGUCGGUGCUGGGAGCUGCUCCUGGGGGUGUCCAGCUCAGAGCUCCUCGGUGCUCUGGGCUGCUGGGGGUGUGGGUGCCCCUGGCACGUGCCAGCAGCCUGGCCCUGCUGGCCCAGCCCCUCUUUGGAGGCACUGGUGAGGACCUGCACGUUUGUGGGAGUUUCCUGGCUUUCCCAACACAUUUGUGUGGUUCCCAGUGCAUGUACACAUCAUUAUCUCAAACCAGGGUACAUUUACAUAUGUAAGAAUUGUUAUGGGCAAAGUCCUAAGUUUAAUUAUUCCUCUGUCCGUAUCUUGUACUUCACAGAAUUUGCAUAACAAUCAGACAUCAAAGCCAGAACCCUUUACUGGAAGGAAGGUCUUUCCGCUAUAUUAUUUUAAUAAAAUAAAUUAUAAUGAUCAAUUAAACCUAAAUUUACUCUUCAGAUCUUUUUCCUGUGAAUCCAUUGAAAUGAGAGUUAAAAGCAAACUUUAAAUUUAGCAAUAAGAAUCUAACACAGUAAGGUAUUUAAAUUGCUUUUUGUUUUAUAUUUCUCACUCCUCUCUGCCAACACAGUCACCCAUCUUUUUUCCUCCAUUCUCCUUGUCUUGCCAUUUUGGAAGUUAAAAUAAUGCUUGCUGUCACUGAAGUGAAUGUGGAUUCUGCUGCUGGAAGAGCACACAGGAUUUCCAUCUGUGAAUGAACUAAUGACACCUACUUACAGGCAGUAUUGUGAAGAUUAAUGAAUUGACAUUAUUGAAGUAUCCUGAGGUGGAAGUCCUGAUAAGUAAGAGGUUCCAGUUGCAGCCCAAAGUGCCAAGGCCAAUUCUCAGCUGCUGGUGGUUUGUGUUGGCUGGCUGUUAUCAGUUCCUCCACAAGGCAGCUGCUAAUUACGGUAAAUAGCAGAACCAUCUCUUCAGACGAGGGAGCUACGCUGAUUUAGUCCUUCCCUGACAGCAGCAUCUUUUCUCCUAGGAAAGCUUACCCAAGUGUGUUUUUGUCACAUGGCUGCUCUUGUUCAAACCUGCAGAGGAAAAGGGGAAUUGUGGCCAUGGACCCACCUGCUUGGAGAACAUACAGUGAUCAUUGGUGACAAUAACUGAGCUGUGGGAAGACAGCUCCUUCCAGCUGUCUGCUGAGGAGUACCUUGUUCCAGUGGAGCUGUUCUGCCUGUUCUUGAGACCCUACAUGGCAUCAGUGAAGUUUUCAGCCAUGCUGGAUGAAAAUGGAUUCUGUAAGAACAAAAUUUUGGCUCUUCUGGGCUCAGGUGGAGUGUCCUGAAGGAUGGUUGGAAAAGAGGUGGGAAGGAUGGCUGGAAAAGAGAUCCAGAGAGAUGUUCUCACCGUGUUUUAUUUCACUUUUACCAGUUCUGUCUUAUUAUCAUCAAAAUAUUUUGAGGAAAGUUUUAGGCGUUGGAGAGUCACCCCUAAUUUGUGAAAACAUAUGGCUUAUUCCACCCUUCCACACUGAGAAUUCAUUCGAGGCAUGCUUGCCUGCAGUCUUGUGUUCACCAUCUGGAUCAACCUUCUGCAAGUCGAGGAAUGCUGUGCAGCCUUUUGCGUUGGUGCUGUGUCCUCCAGCACCAGCUACUCCUUCACACCAUUCUGUGUCCCAGGGAAUCACCCAGCACAGCCUGAGCUGCAGCCUGGGAGAGGGAGAGGAGAGUACUUACACGAGACAGAGAAGUGGGCUUGUGAACAACCAGGCUGUCACUGAACAUCCCCAUCCAGUGGUGCCUGUGAACACUGGGAUUAAAAAGAACCAGUGGGGAAACAAUGGGAUGAGAAGGAGAUGGAGGAUGAUGAAGAUGUCUUGGGAGCAAAUUCCAUCUGCACGGUGCUCUUAAAGAGCUGUGGACUACAUACAGUGUAUUAGCAUGUUAAAUGCCUUGGAGAGGAGCCUUGAAGCAGGAAACUGGCUUGCUGCUAGCUACAUGAACGGGAUAAAGAAGACCAGUAAAGUGGAAUCUUAAAGACUGUAAUUACAAAGCUGGUGUUUGAAGAGGAGAACAGCUGGUUCUGGAGAACUUCUCUUCCAGAGCAAGAACAAGGAUUUCUUUCCUUUGCCUGAGAAGAUGCUUUCUUUCUAUGAUGACAGCCUGAAGCUACAUAGCUGCAAGAAAGGAACUGUUUGUGAUUUGAUGGUGUUUUCUGAUGUUACCAUGUCCUGUGCUCUGGCUACAGGAAGACAUAAAUCAGCACAGUAAUUGAAGAUCUAAAGAAUUGAAGUUACUAAAGAAGUUGGUGCUGGGGCUUCUGCAUCCACACAACAUGUUCUUUGAAGAUUUUUCUUCAGAAUAAAUUCAGUCUGAACUAAAUGGCUACAUCCCAGGCAUGGUGUGUAGCUGUCCCAAGAAGCAUCUAUUGGUUCAAAUCCUUAUGGUUAGCACUUGAAAAUGAAAUUCCAGUUCAGUCCUCUCUGGAUAAAAUUUUUCAAAUAAAGAGAUUUUGCUGGGAAAUAAAAAGACUGAAAUAUUUUAGAAAAUUUUAAAUUUGGGGAAUUAUUUUAACCAGAAGAUACAAUUAGGAUAACAUUAUAACAUAUAAAAAUAUUUCAUUUUGUAGAUGGAAGCUUCCAAAAUAUGUUCCAAAAUACUUCACCUUGGGUUGAAAGAUGUAGCCGACCUUCUUUAUUUUGAUUUGGUUUUGGUUGUUUUGUUUGUUAUUUUUGAAUUCUUCCAAACAUCCAGCAGCUUCUGUUUCAGAUCAAUUUUUCCCUGAUUUCUUUUUUUUCUAAACCCAAAAUAGGAAAA